CACUAACUGCGGUGCAUUAUCUUUUGCUCUUCUUACAGCUUCAUUUCCUACUUGAAAAUGACUUUGGUCGAUUGGUUCACGUAUUUUUUGCAUCCUGAGCAAAUUCAGCAAGAUUUCGGUGCAAGCCAGUGGCCUACAGAGGCAGAGCGGCGAACAGCAGCCCAGGAGCUGCUGAAGGGCCUGUUCGGCACCAACAACUUUCGCGACUACAUUCUCAAUUCAUACCCGACAUUACGCGAUGCACACGGCCAGCAGCCAAUGCAAUAUGCUGGGCCCACGCCACCAUCGACGCCAAUGUCACCAACCAUGGGAUCUGGUGCCGGCACAGGCGAUAUAGCACAUAUGGCGCGGAUUGGACAGUGCAGCCGGUUUGCAGUGUCACCCGAAACAGGGCUACCAAGUGAUACAUUGCAUAGUGUGCUUAAAGCGAACGGCCUACCGCCGCUAAGCGCUAAGCAGGACCGGCUGCUGAGCGUGGCAAAGGACUUGACCUUGCUUGUAAAGUUUAACGUUGAAGAGAUUGAGCGGACGGUGCACGCGACUCUGCGGUUUGUCUACUACAUGUACCUUAUUGAGUCCUGCAAAGGCAAGGGCGGGUUUGCGGAGUGCGAGUUUCAGUUCAGGCGGUGGUGGGUUCGGUCAGCGUACCGCGAGGAGGACAUUGGGCUGACGCUGGAUGUGCCGAAGGGCGAAGCAAUGUCACUAAACUGUAACAAAAUCAUGGAACACGCCGAGUCCCUGGAUGCGUCUGGCACGGUGCUCAAAUUCUGCGUAUACUACGAUAUCGCACGCGUGCUGCUGGCCCAGAGCGAGUAUCAGCAGGCGCUAAGCAUGUUCCAGCAGUGCCAGGCAAUUGAUCCACAGCGGUGCAAGCCCGAAAAGUUUGGGCUAUCUGGCUACAACACACGGCCCAGCGUAGACGAGUAUGUGGAUGCGUGCAAGGAAAUUGCGUUCAACAGCGAUGCCGACACUGAUAUGGCUGAAGACAUCCAACAGACGCGCUCGGACAAGAUCGCGUCAUUGGUUGACAGUGGCGAUUAUCAGCCAGCUGUGGUGGAGUGUAUGCUUGAUAUCCUGGAAAAGGGCGGGUCCAGUGAUGGUUUCGCGUGGCUGCUUGAUAUACAUCCAAAGAUCAUCAGCUUCUGCGCAAAGCAGACUACUGCGGCGACUGAAUCGAUACAUAGCGCUCUGGUUGAUGCGGCGGGUGCCUGGCUGCAGCAGCAGCAGCUGGCUGACGAGGAUCGAGUCAGAUGCUUGGAUCAGGCUAGGGUGAUUGCAUCUUUCCUGACUGGCCACGGCUCUGUAUAUGCGCCAGUGGCAGCUACAGAUAUGCAGCUCGAUGCAGAAAGCUGGCGUUCUAAGCAGGCUACGAUCCCCGAGAGCCAAAUGCUGGCCCAUGAGUUGGUUAGCGCACAGGUCACAACCACGCAGCUGGCACUGUUGCGACUGUCGUGCGGGUACCUGGCUGGCCUGCGGCUGUUGGAAAAGGAGCAGUACAAGGAGGCGCAGGUGUGGUUCUCGCGCGCACUUGCGGAAAUAUCAGAAUUCGUGCCGGCGACGCCGCAGGCGACCAACCCAAUCAUGGCGGCGGCUCUGGAGAAGGAGGAGGCGCUAAAGGCUUCGCUGGUAGCACAGGUAUCUGUCCACGCAAAGCUAGCCGCGCUAUUCUACCAGCUCGAGCAGGGCACGGACAUUGCAGAUGUAGCUGACGAUAUCGGCAGCAUUAUCGAGGACCAGGUGCCGAUUCGAUUCGAGUUCCUUGAAGGUCUGUCGCUGAUCUGCUUGCGGCAAGGCAACAACAACGUGUUUACCAACCUGGUAGGCGCCAUUGCCGCGAGUCCGAAGCUGUACCAGCAGCUGCCCGAGAUCCACAUCGCACUACUGCAGAUAGCGUCGCUUUUGGUUUUGGUGCGCGAUCUGCUGUUGACGACUGGCGUCGAAGUCGACAGGGCCAUCGGCGAGCCCAACUACCGCUUUGACAGAGAUGCGAUUCCAAAGGAGCAGCUGGAGCAAGUGCGCGGGUCAGUGGCAGAAAUCGCAAAGCUGCUGAUGAAGAUUCCGGUUGGAUCUCGGUCGACAGAGUCGACAACGUUGCACACAGAGCUCGGCAGCAUACCGCAGGUCGGAGCGGGCAUGGAGAACGAAAUCGAGCGGUUCUGCCGCAUGUGGGGCGACCCCGUGUACCUGACUCUAUUUGCUGCGCUGCUCAGUGAAAUGUUGCAGACGGGCGAGCCGGUCAGCGGUCCGCUAGGGCUGUGCGAUCUGAUGGCGCUCAUUACGCACCAGGACCCGAGUGAUGCCGGCCCAGGCAAGCCGGUGGUCGGUGAGUUUGUCAACGGAAAGAACGACCAUGGCCGCAAGAAUGCAAAGCACCUGCGUGACAUUGCGCUGAUUGUGUUCCGGUACACGGUGCAGCUGGUGCCCAAGAGCCCUGCCAUCUGGCUGUUCUUCUCUGCAGUUGCCUACAGCGCGCAAGGCUCAAAGUCCAAGCUCAACGAGCACCUGAUGCCGCUGUUCAUCGAGUUCCUGUCUCUACACACAGAUGUGUUCUCGCCCGAGCUGCUCGAUGGCUGCAUCUCGUCUGAGUGGUUCCAGAAGCUGCUGCCUGCCAUGAUCCGGUCGCUAACGGACCUGGGUAUGCGCGGUGCUGCGACAGUACUGCAUCAGUACAGCACCGACAUCAACUACGAGGUGGCAAUGCCCCUGCUAGUGCAGGCGUUCGAGAGGAAGGAAAUAGAUCAGCAGAUAACUCAGUUCUUCUGGGAUUCCAGCAUGGUUGAGUACGGCCAGUAUCUGGGGAGAUUGCCAUCGAGCGCCGUCCAUAUCGAGUUCUCGGCGCCAGACUGCGAGCUCGCCAGCAGCAGGCCAUUAUUCCUGUCCGAGUUCUUUGGCUGGCUCUCGGGCGUACUAAGCCUCAAGUAGUAGCUGCUCUAUUGCAAGCUCUGUCACCUGGCAUAGUGCACAUGCAUAGCUCACUUGUCCUUUAUCGCCUGCAUGGAUGCCGCCUCGCUUGAUGGCGGACGGCACGUUUUGAUAGGUAUCCUUGUAUGAUUCCCGAACACGCAGUUUCGCAAAUAAAUGCAUUUUCCACCG